GAAAUAAUGUAAUACCGUGACCGCAGUCUGCUUUGAGCAAGUGAAGGAUGAGUUUCAUCGGGAUACGUCGGUUUCAUCUCUGAAGUGAACCACCACGUUCGAACGCUGGCAUUUAUUCUUGAUCUUGCCUCCUGCUUGCAGUCCGCCACUUCUGGCUACUGCAACGUGUAUAUUAGCUUAGAAGGUCAUACCCUGGUAGCCGGACUAUCGCGACCACCAUGACAGACUCAUUUGCCGACCUCUGGAGUUCCACUGCCCCGAGUACUUCCAAACAAGCAGAACCUCAGAGAAAGCUGGGGGCUAUCCCACCAACGUCGACAACGCUCUCAAAUAGGACUAAUGAUAUCUUCUCCUUGCUUUCCGCAGCUGGUCCUACAUCAGCUACGACCUCUCGUUCGACUACACCUUCACACACGAACAUAGGACAAACUUCAAGGUCACCUCAACCCGUUUAUGUUGCGAAAGGCUCGCAGCAUGUUCAGAAAACAACAAGUUCUGGAGCAGGGGAUGCGUUCAGUGGAUUGCUUUCAGGGUCGUUUGCAUCAUCGGCCGACUCUGCGAAUAUGACUAUCGCGGAACGUGCAGCUUUGGUGGAAAGACAGAAGAGCGAACAGCUCUUGCGGGAACGUCAGACCACAGUGAAACACACAGACGCUGCUUGGGCUGGUUUAGAUUCGUUGGCGGGAACUCCUUCGCUCUCCUCGACACCAUCCUUACAACUCACUUCGACGCCUUCUCCCGGGCCAUCCGUGCCUGUAGUCGUUACAACUAGCGAGGACGAUGACUGGCUAAGUGACUUUGCCGCACCCAAACCCACUGUGUCGUCUGCCAACCCGUCAUCUGGCUCGUUACUUGCUGAUCUAGAUGACUUCACAUCGGUCCCAUCUCAACCAACUCCGCCGGAACCAUUGCGGCGUUCUAGUACAUCUGGAGACUUUGACUUUGGUGAUUCAGAUCAUGGCCUUCUGAACGAGCAUUCUGAUGAUGAAGAUGAUAUAUUGGGGGACCUGAGCAAACCUGUUGACCAGGUUCGACAACGUAUAACAGCACCGUCUCAACCAUCCUCUGGUCAACGGUCCAGAGCAUCAUCACCCUCACCUCACAUUCUCGGUCAGAUAGUCGAGAUGGGCUUCUCGGUUCAGCAGGCUCGCAUUGCCCUUGCAGCAACGGACACAGGGCUUGAUGUCCAAGCAGCCCUCGAAACACUCCUUGCUAGCGGUGCAGCGGAUUCCGACUUACCUCCAGCCUCUCGUGAAGAUCAUCUUCUGCCUCGUAGUCGAGACGCAACCCAAGAGCCUUCACGUCGACCUUCCGAUGACGGUCGACGUCGAGGGCAAGCAACCUCUCGAUCCACUCGGGAGUCCGCACGCGAAACGUCUUCUCCCAGUGAAGCAGAAACUCAACGAAACUUGCAAGAGCAAGCCGAUAAACUCCUCGCUCAGGCAUCUGAGAUCGGGCUAAGCGUGUUUAAUCGAGCCAAUGCAUUCUGGAGAGAAGGGAAGGAGAAGGUCCAGAAAGCUUAUGAGGAACGUGCAAAGGCUUCUGGGUCUGGAUCUGGUGGCCGAGUAGUGGAUGGAAGGCCAAAGUGGAUGCAAGAUGCCGAAGGUCGUGAGAAGGAACUCGAGGCAGAGUGGAGAGCGCACAAAGAGAGUGGAGGGUUUAGAAAUGACGACGAAGUGUUGCAGGAUGAGGUUUUGCAACCAAAGUCUGAGCCGCAGGAGAGAAGAGCGAAACAACAAAAUCGGGAGCCAGUGCAGCAUGUUUUGACGUCAAGUAGAGCCAAGACGGGAAACUUACUACCUGAUGAUACUCCAGCAGUAUACGUCUCACCGUUCAGACGGAAGACACCCUCGCGUAAUCAAACUUCGCCUGCUUCUGCUCCCCCACCGAAGGCAACCUCCUCACGAGUACCUUCACCUGUUCAGAUAGUUCAACGCAAGACCGUGUCAGCAUCACCCUCUGCCUUAGCUACAUCUGCGAAGCAUAAAGCUACAGGUACAGAGAUGUUCAAACUUGGCCGAUUCGCUGAAGCGGAAACAUCCUACUCAAACGCUAUCGCUGCUCUUCCACACUCUCACCUUCUUCUUAUACCCUUGUACAACAACCGUGCUUUAUCCAGAAUCAAGACUGGAGAACACUCUGGUGCCAUAGAAGAUUGCACUACGGUCAUUAACCUCAUCGGAACUUCAUAUCAUCCUGCGCGUGAGGUAGGAGUGACAAAAGAGGAAGAGGGUGCCAGCGUGGAUCUUGCAGAUGCGUACGUCAAGGCGUUGAAGAGACGUGCGGAAGCUUAUGAGGGGAAGGAGAAGUGGGAUCUGGCGAAGGCGGAUUGGGAAGCGAUUGCUGGCGCCGAGUGGGCGAAAGGCAAUGUGAGAGGAGAGGCCGUGAGAGGCGUCGGCAGAUGUCGACGAAUGCUAACAUCGAAUGUCGACGCGAUUGCAUCUGAUGCUCUGCCACAACCGAAGCCAACACAUCGAGUCAAGCCAAGACCCGCACCGAAGGUGGUUAUCAAUGAUUCAGACGCUCUCAAUAGAGUACGAGAAGCGAACCAAGCUGCUGAAGCGGAGGAUGAGCAAAGAUAUCAGCUCAAGGAUGUUGUCGAUGCUAAGUUGAUCGCAUGGAAGGGUGGUAAGGAGAACAAUAUUCGUGCUCUGAUCGCUAGUCUCGAAACUGUCCUUUGGCCUGAGCUUGGGUGGCAAAAAGUUGGGAUGCACGAGCUGGUGACACCAAAUCAAGUGAAGAUCAGAUAUACCAAAGCGAUCGCCAAACUGCACCCGGACAAGCUGAACGUCCACAACACGACUUUAGAACAGCGGAUGAUUGCAAAUGGGGUAUUUGGUUCGCUAAAUGAUGCAUGGAACGCUUUCAAGCAAUAAUUUAUUUUUUAACGUGGAUGCUUUGCUUUCAGUUGUUGUAACAAUCCAAAGAUAUACGUCUUUGAUUACCGGCAUCGAACUACUUCGAUUAUGACGAAGGCGUGUAAGUUACAAGGCCUGGAUUCAACCACUCGAAUACCGUAUGUCCCUCUGAAGGUUCUUCUCCCACUUUACCUCCCUUUACGGAUCCUACACUCUGAUGAUAUACAUUCAUAUCAACCACCUCCGCUAUCUCUGUCAACUGGAAGCUAUAUUGCUCUCCGUUUGUCAAGAUGUAGUCGAUGUUGUAGCCCUGUGGAACAUCGACCCCAGAUACAGGAUUAUGAAUUACUCCAAAUGGCGUAAGUGAGCUUCGAUCAUUUCCUUGCUUAUCAGUGCCGCAUUGAUUCUGG